AUGGCGGGCAGGUGUGUGUUAGCAGGCCAACCCGACAAUGAACACAGAAGAGGAAGUGUUCGACAUGCAACGACUGAGGAGCUGUGUGCGUGCUGCUGCAGGAUACAGAGAAGACGUUUGCUCGCCUCUCAAUGCUAGCUAGAGUUAGCUUACACUGCGUUGUCCUAUUUAUCGUGGACUCAAAAACAAUCUGAACUUUUCAACUUGUUGUUUUAGUGAGAAACUUAAAACAUAUAUACAAAACUCGAAACCUACCUUCAGUCGCCGCUUUGUGUUGCAUUUCCAGUGUGACCACAGACCAUGGCCGUCAAUGGGAAAGUCAUCCCGCACACGCCUCUGGCCGUCGACUUCUGGCAGGUUCGGAAGUGUCCCGGUGCUCGGCUGUUUUUCUUGACCCACAUGCACAGCGACCACACGGUGGGAUUGACCUCGACGUGGAGCAACAGGCCCAUCUACUGCUCCCCCACCACCGCCACACUGCUCAGGCUGAAGCUGCAGGUAAAGGAACAGUGGAUCCAUCCAUUAGAGCUUGGAGACCCACACCUGCUGCCGCUGGAUGACAUUGGCAAAGAGAGGCUGACAGUCACCCUUAUAGAGGCCAACCACUGCCCAGGGGCGGUGAUGUUUCUCUUCGAAGGCUAUUUUGGUUCUAUACUGUACACUGGUGACUUCAGGUAUACUCCCUCAAUGCUGCGUGAGCCAUGUCUGAGGACAAAUAUCACUAUUGACGUCCUGUACCUGGACAACACCAACUGUGACCCCAACCGCACCCUCCCCUCCAGGAAGCAAGCCACUCAACAAAUCAAAGAGAUCAUCCGCAGCCACCCCAGCCACAAUGUUGUCAUAGGUUUGUAUGCACUGGGGAAGGAGUCCCUGCUGCUGGACCUGGCCAUGGAAUUCAAAACCUGGAUUGAGGUGAGUUUUGAGAGGAUGGAGACCCUCAAAGCUCUGGAGCUGCCUGACGUUUUCACCACUGACCGGGGGGCCGGUCGCAUCCGAGCCGUAUAUCAGUCAGAGAUCAGUUUUGCCACUUUGAACCAGUGGAACUUACAACAUCCCACUUUGGCCAUCUUGCCCACCAGCAGGCCCCUCGUCUCCUUCCAUCCCAAUAUCCAUGUGGUGCCCUACUCCGACCACUCCUCUUAUCAAGAGCUAGAGGAUUUUGUCUCUGCGCUUAAACCUACCUCCCUUGUACCCAUCGUGGGAACUCGUGCACCUGGAAAUCUCUCUGCCUUACUGCCCAGCAAAAAGCGCCCUGAAAUCCUUGUCCCUGAGUCAGUCCGACAGUACAUGCUGAGACAGCCUGAGAUCCAGCUCAGAUCAUCAGCGUCUACACGCCUUCGCAGCGGGCACCUCAGACCGGUUGCUCCUAAGGGGGUGAUAUUUGAGUCUCCUCCAAAGGGGUCCACAAUGCCAUGUGAAGAAGAAGUCUGUGAACCAGAGUGUCUGGACCAGGAGGCCUCUGAGGAUGAGAUGGACACAGAAAGUAGUGAAAAGGACUCCGAGAGUAUCCUUAUCGACAUUAGCAAGAAAGUAACCCCUAACAAAAACAGGGGAGGAGCUGGAGACACGUGGAGCCUCAACAUCGUCCAGACAGUCUCAGAAGACAUGCUAAUGGAAGAAUCUCUGCCACUCAGUCAACAUACCCAGGGAAACCAGGCUCCAGUGGAGAUUUUUACAUACAGAAGGCCUUCUGAAACUAAUGCCAAAACAAGGAACACAGCAUCAAGUGGAAAUUACAACAGUCAACAACGGGGACACCGAAAUGUUGAGAAGAACCACAAAUCGUCAGACAUGAGUCAGCACAGUGGAUGUGGAAGUGAUUUUGACAGCCUGACAUUAUUGCAGAACAGCUCCAGUAACAUUUCCUGUACUUCCUGUCUCUCCUCCACUGAGUUGAAGGAGAAGUAUUUAGAGGAGUUUGAAAACAGUGUUUUAAAGAAUCUCCCCUUCAUGGAGGAGGACUAUAAGACCUGGGGCCUCCUGCAGCAAAGCUCUGUGCGCAGUUUCCCCUCUCCGCUAUAUGAUUCAUAAUGAAAUCUCAGUAAAUAAUGUGAGCUGAAGUUUUUUACCUUGUUUUCUAUGUGUGUUAAAAUAAAUACUUUAAAAUUUACUAUUUUCUGUCCUAUAUAUAAUUUUCCUUGUGUUGCUUCCUUUUUGUGUUGGUCUGGAGUUAAGCGUCGAAACUGUAAUAGAAAUUUAUAAAUUUAGAUUUACCUCUUUCUAUCAUCCCACUAGUCAUCUGUGUUUCAGUGCCUCUGUUCGUCUUCUAUAAUUUAGUUUGUGGAGCACAACUCAGAAACCAUUUGGAAUUUAGUAAGGACAUUUGGUGAUGCCUUCUUUUAUAUUUGGGGUGUGACAGGGGGGUUCAAUGAACUCCUGAUGACACAUGUCAAGAGCCAUGACUUAUGACCCAAAAUCUGCAUUCAGUUUUAGCCUGAAAGUUUAAAAAAAUGUAUCAAAUGUAUUUGCCAUAUUUCCAGUUCAGCCUUUUAACUUACACUUUAUUCUUUUACUGCAUGUGAUGAUUACUUUAUAGUAGAAAAGAAAGACUAAAAUGUAUGAUUUAACAGCAGUGUUCCUUACUGUAUUAGUCAGCCAAUUAUGAAAAACCAGACACCAGAACUUAUUUUAUUUUAAGAAAACUACCUGUCUGAGAGACAAUUGAAAAAUGUAUUAUAUAUGUUUUGUCAUACAUUUGUAAACAUUUGUGUUCAUACUGUCGUAAAUAUAGAUGGCACAUUUAUUAAAAGUAUACUUUGUUUAUGUAAUGUUUUAAAAUGUAAUGCUGUUUAAAAAGGUUAAUUAAACCCUAUGAGACAAAUUGUGAUUUGUGAAUAUGGGCUAUACAAGUAAAAUUUGAUUGGUUGAUAUGGUUCAAGAGGUGCACACGGUGACUGUAUUUCAUUUGGCCAAGUCGCUUAAUUUCAGUUGCUUGAGACUUUCAAAAAAUUAUGUAUGUGAAUCCUUGGUUCUUUAAUUCUCUUGUAGUUUAUAUUAGAACUACAAGAGAAUAGAGAGAGAAAUAUGAAUCUUCAAAGGCCUUCAGUAUGAUUAGUGGCCAUUAUUUCAGUGGUGCAGCUACAAAAACAAUUCAAUUAUAAUUGUAAGAAAUGAAUGGAUAUAUGUGCAGAAUUGCAGUAUUUCUUCUGACUUUGUUCCCUCCACAGUGUACUGUGUGUUCUAUAUUGUUUUUGUUUUCCAUUAUUUUUUAGACAUUUUUGAUAAAAGGUGACAGCAGCUGCCCUGUGGAUUCUUUUUUAAUGUAAUCCAUGUUGCUGUAAUUUGUAUGUUGAAUGACAAUGUGCCAAUUGUUUCUUCAUUAAAUUACAUAUUAUUGGUUCACUAA